CGGACGCUCUACCACUUGUUGGCACCGAACUUUCACGUUGUUAUUUCUCCUGUAGAACAUAAGAUUUGUUUGUUGUUUAACGCCGCACUCAGCAAUAUUCCAGCUAUAUGACGGCGGGUAGAACAUAAGAACCGUCUUGUAGUCUUCGUCCUUAUUGUAUAAAAGAGAGUUGUUGUCAAUUUAUUUCAGGAAACGGUCAAAACAACACCUAAAUUGAUAAGCUCACACUCCUUGCCUGAGACAUAUUAAUCAAAUUUGUGAUGUCAAAAACUCAUAAAAAAAAAACGUGUUCGAUAAAUAUAUCACAGACAAGGAGUGAGUAUUUAGCUUAUUAUUAGGAUGUCACAUUAAACGUAAUUAAUCAGUAUAACGCUUUACAGUCGAAUUGGACAUCAAUAAAUAAAUUAGAAUUAUCAGUAGUAGUAGUAGUAUACGUAGUAAAUAGUAUAACGGCGCCUGAUAUGAGUGGAGCGUCUAUGCGGGGUUCAACCUCAUCACGUGUGUUGUACAAGAAUUCUGAUUCUUUUCUAGCAUCCUUGCAACAGUACUCAGAACAACAGUUUCUACAUCGACGUUCUGGGUAAUGUCGGGUGACGGGGGUCCUGGAACAACCACUCGGUAUUUCGUAACUUUUGCUGAUAUGACUAUUUGAAACUGAAAACCGAUCAAUGUUCGGAAAGAAUACAUAUAUUUAGUUGAAUCAGAGAUGGAGAUUUGAUACCUGUGACUGACCAAUCAGAAUCGAGAAAUUACCCAGGGAACUCGUCAAUGUAUAUUAAUGACACGUAAAACCCAUCUGAUCAUUGGUGGGAAUAACAACAGGGUUCAACUAGGAAUCAUCCUCGAUUACCCAGGGUUGCACAUCCAUUCUCCGAUGUAAAUACCCUGGUCACUCUCGCUACUAUAAUUACUGUUGGGUUCUCAGGGAGGAACGACAUACGCGGAAGUAGGAGACGAGCCUGUCACUUGGCCGGCCGUUUAUUCAAAACUGUCGCAUGUUACAUAACAGCACGUGACUACGCUUACCACGCAACUAAUCACAUUACAAGAGCGGACAUCUGUUUUCCUGUCAUGAUAUUAUACACUAGUUACGGUGGUGAAGUGACGUGUGUUUCUUCUGAUGAAAAAAGCAAACUAUUGUUUCUGAUACCGAGAUUGUGUUGGUUAGUAAUGAAGAACAACUGGCUACGGGUGAGACUUUAUUCAUUUAACGAAUUUCAUAAGUAAUAGUCUGACGUAGGCCAAAUGACGGAUCUGUAUUUCAUUAUAUAUACUUCAGUUUCAGAGUUUUCUGAAUAUGAGAAAAGUGACAUGUUGUUGCAGUGAACAUUACACUUGAUAUUUCACAACAGAGAACAGAACACUUUGACGGAACUAUUGUCUUACAAGAGUUACCACCCCGCAUAGCAUCUCCCCUUUAUCAAAGUGCCUAACGCAUACACCUUACUGUUGACUUUCUAUUUACGCAAGUUCCACAUUCAUAUGGCAAAAUAACGAAAGAUGGUCAUUUUUUAAAGUUAACAUCGCUUCUUGCCGUUUGUUAUUCUCUUGACCAUUAACAUGACCAUGGAAUAUAUGAAUACACUACUUUCACUUUCUAUAAAACUACAGGAAAAGUAAAGUGAAACUACUCGUGUCAUUCACAGUCUGGUGAUACAGUGUGUACAAGCAUCACUACUUCAGUCUGACGGAUUAAGUGUCUUGUAUUCCCCCUGUCACUGUGCUGGACCUCAACGUGGUAUAGGGGUGGCAACGUACUAGACGGCAAACGCAGCACACACAAACAUGUCAACAUUCAAGCCUGUCAUCGUGGCUGUGUCACUGGUGGUGUUGAACGCCAUCCUGCUCGUGAUACUGGUCACCAUGGCAACCUACAAACUCACAGGCAACAGCACUGAUAGAAGUAGAUGCUCUCUCAAUGUAUCCGCAGUUCAUGGACUGAUGGUUAACGAUGCAUCAGCAGAGAGUCAGAGAGUGGAAGCCUUAUCGCGGAAUAUCGCCAACAUCUACAACGACAGAGGCAACGUUGACAAAGCAGCAGCCCACAUCAUCAUCGACCCUGGGGCUAAAUAUACAGGUGACGUUCCCACGCUGAGCUGGAGACAGGACCUGGACGCCACGUUUGUCAGUGAAAAGAUGUCCUACACAGACGGGGGUCUGACUGUGACACAUGGAGGCUACUACUUCAUCUACAGCCAGAUCGUGUACAGUGGCAGCGGAACCCAGGAGUUGGACUAUGGGCGGAUCAUUCACGCUGUGGUGAAACAGAAGGCGUCAGAGCUGGAGGAAGCACCAACACCCCUGAUGAGGAACCUACAGUCCACCCCCAGCAUCAGACGGGGACGUCCCGCCUACACCACCAGCAGCCUCGGGGCCACCUUCUACCUGGAGGCCAACACCAGGGUCAAGGUCAUGUCCAGUGUUCCCGGGAACAUCCAUGUCGGAGCACCUCAGUCCAACUACUUUGGGAUGUUCCUGAUAUAAUGGCCAGUGUUCCCGGGAACAUCCAUGCCAGAACACCUUACCCCACCUACUGUGCCUACUGUGAGAUGUUCCUGACAUCAUGCUCAAUGUUCCCUGGAGGCGACUGUUUUGUAUUCGCGGGAGGUGAAUUGCGAUGUACUUUGAUGUUUCUUGUUGUUUUACUGUGUUUAUUAAGGGAUUAUGACUGAGGGUCAGCGUUUGAACUUGACCUGUGCCCACCGAGAACAGUUGCAAGUCCAUACCCUACUUCCAAAAGGGAAGAAAUAUGAGGAUCAGCAGAGAGGACUUGACGAUUUGAAGAGAAACUGCACGACCACUCAGUGAAUGUAUAUACGCGAAUGGCGUGUCACAUGUUUUGAAAUCAGCUCAACGUACGUGCAAUAAGUCUAUGAUUUUAAAUGAUUUAUUAUAAUAAUAUAAUGUGCUAUGUUUAAAAUGUAUUAUUUGCAUCAAGUGUAGUAUAUUUCUAUUGUAAGGAGUGAAUAAAUCAAAGGUAAUGACA